CACAACACAUGGGGCAUUGACAGCCACUAAAAUAUAUUUUUCUACAUACACAUUUCUCUACUCGAAUGAUCGAGUAAACCACACUUUAGAGCCAUGUCUGUGCUGGGAGAAGUAUCGGGUGGUGAAUCUACAUAUAUGACUGCUGAGGGUCUAUCGUUCAGCACAGAACCCAACUUCGUAGAGUCUUGGAAGGACACCAAAGGAAGCUGUAACGGAAAUUGCCAUCCGAAAAUUAAGACACCCCAAGAAGAAUUCAAAUUCAAACCAAAUAAAAUAGUUGUGGCCUGGAAGAAGCAGAUCCAAGAGUUCGAAAAGAAAGAAAAAAAGCAGAAUCGAUGCACACGUGUGGUGCCUAAAGUGGACACAAUGGACCCUUUGGAGUUCACAGUGGCCAAAAAGUAUCGCUUAAUCGAACGUAUCGGGAAUGGCUCUUUUGGAGAGCUCUACAGGGCCAGAGACCUCGGGAACGGCGAGGAGGUGGCUGCGAAGGUGGAGCUUGUCAAGGCGACGCAACCGAUGCUGGAACGUGAGGCGAAGAUAUACCAAAUUCUAUCUGGGGGUGAAGGAAUCCCCCAAGUACGAUACUACGGAAUCGAGAGAGAUGUAAAUGUUCUGGUGCUGGAUCUGCUGGGACCAACUUUGGAGGAUCUGCUGAACUUUUGCAUGCGCAGGUUCAGCCUUCACACAAUCCUGGUGCUGGCCGAACAGAUGCUGACCCGCCUGGAGUUCGUCCACCUGAAGUGCUUCGUCCAUCGUGACAUCAAGCCAGAAAACUUCCUGAUGGGUCAGGGCGCACAGCGCAAUGUGGUCUACCUUAUUGAUUUUGGCCUGGCCAAGAAUUUCUAUAGUCCUUGCACAGCGAGGCACAUUGAGUACAGGCAGAAUCGGGAGCUGGUGGGCACACCGCGCUACGCCUCCGUCCGGGCACAUUUCUCCGAGCAGGGGCGUCGCGACGAUCUAGAGUCAUUGGGCUACAUUCUCGUUUACUUUUGGCACGGUCGACUGCCCUGGCAGGGCAUUCAGUCCAAUUCCAGGGCACAGAAGUUUGAGCAGAUUGCCGAGAUAAAGGCCUCCACGCCGCUGGACAACCUAUGCGCAGACCUGCCAGACGAGUUCUUGAUGUACCUCCGGUACGUCCGCUGCCUUCACUUUGACGAGAUGCCCGACUAUAUGUAUCUGCGGCAGAUGUUCCGCAAUCUUUUUUGCCGUCGGAGGCGGACCAACGACUUCUUCUUCGACUGGGUGGACAAACAGAGCUUCGUCCAGCAGCAACGUGACUGCGUAGCUAAAAGGGAUAAACACCAGAUCAUGAAAAAGAACCUCAAUUGCUGCUCUUGCAGCUACCACAAGCACUGGCGUCGCAUGGAUCCCCAGAGGGGACAGCAAUAAGGUGCCCCAAAAAACUUUCGCCCUACAACAUGAUCUCAUUUUCCGCUUUCCUGUUUUUAUUG